GACCGGGGGUGGCGGCGUUGGCCCGCCCGCAGCGGCCCCGGCGGCAGCGCCCUGCCGGGAGCGGAGCGGGGCCGGGCAGAGCCGAGCCGAGCCGGGCCGGGCUGGGCCGGGCAGAGCCGGGCCGUGCCGAGCCCCCUCGCGGGCGGCGGGGCCGUGCCGCCCCCGCUGAGCCAGCCGUGCCGUUUCCCAGGGCAAUGCGAAAGCCUCGUAGCGCGUGUUCCAAAACAGGGGAGACUCGGUGAGAGAUUUUCCGGAGCAGAUCCUCGGCAGUAAGAAAGGAAUGCCAAAUUGUGUCAGUUUUCUGAGGUUUGGGGUUGCAGUGGGCAGGCGCGGUGCUUGGAAUGCGCUGACCAGGAAGUGAUCCUCCGUGGGCUCCGCGCCAGGCUUGGAGGCUCCGGGCAGGGCGAGCGGAGAGGGUCUAAUUAAAGAUUGAUUCUGGUGAGGCUCUGGGACAUUUGAAAGUGAUUUGGAGAGAGCAAAGUCUGUGUCUGAUGGACACCGAAGCCAAGGCAGCGUGUGCUGUGCCGCAGGCUCACUGCCCAGGAAUGAAGUGCCCUCCUCCGGAGGACUUUCCUCCUCAGAUCAGGCUGUCGGAGAAGAUUCCACCAGUGAAGCCUUGCUUCAAGAAGAAGCAGCAAGUGCAGAAGAGGCUGGACACCCAAACUCUGCGCGCCUUGCGGCCAAUCUUUACCAGUUUGCUGGGAGCUGGGACCCUGGACAGGGUCUUUGUGCCCCGAGGCCAGGGUGGAGGUCAUAGUGGCUUAUGUGAACCUGCUGUGAAAAAGACCCUGGAACUCAGUACUUCGUGCCCCCAGCCAGAAAGUAACGUGGCCGUGCUGGUGCCCACAGCCCCAGGUGUGCAGACCCAGCUGCCGGGGGCUCAUCCUGCUCCUGGGCAUCCCGAGCAGGAGGUGCAGGCAGGGGAGCGAGGCCUCUCCUCAGAAACUCCUCCUGGAACCGCUGCGGAGACAAGCGCUGAAUCAUUCCAGGAUCACCCUUUGCACCCACCUCCUGGCGAUGGCGCGGCUUGUCCUUUGUUCCCAGACAAGCUUCUGGAAAGCUACACCUCUGGCUUAUUCCCGGAGAGCAGCUGUCCCGUGCAAUGCGCUUCGAACCCAAGCAAUAAAUUCAGCGCUGGGAUAUUCCAGGAUAAAAGUGAGGAGGCUUCUCUCGAUUUGGUGUUCGAGCUCUUGAACCAGCUGCAAUAUCACACCCACCAGGAGGAUGGGAUAGAAAUCUGUGUGGAUUUUCUCCAGGGCGCUUGUGUUUAUGGCAGUGAUUGUCCCAAACACCACACGGUGCUGCCCUAUCACUGGCAGGUGAGGAGGACAGCAACUCAGAGCUGGCAGAGCGUCACCAACGAUUCCCAGGAGCACCUGGAGAGGCUCUACUGCAACCCUGACAACGACAGGAUCAAAGUGAAAUACCGGGGACACGAGUUUUGGGUGGAUUUGAACGUUAUGAAAUUAUACGAAACUGCUGAGUUUGACCAAAUGCGGAGGCUGUCCACGCCAUCCUGCCCCAGCUCCAGCUCCAGCUACUACACGGUCUGGAAAUACUUCUGCAGGGACCACUUCGUCUGGAGAGAAUACUCCGAGCCUGUUGUAAGAUUGAUAGAAGAAGCCAGCUGCCGGGGUCUGAAAGAGGUGCGGUUUGUUACCUGGCAUAAUCAGUACAUCUUAAACAUCAAAGAUGGGUUCCAGCAAAACGCCUGCUUCAGAAGAGAAAUCAAGAGGAGGCCCCUUCUGCGCUCGUGCGUGGUGCUGAUGCCGUUCUUACAGACUCUAGGUGGCAAUUCUCCAGUACCCUCUCCAUCAGCUGAACCAGUUUCCUCCCACGUCUUAUCUCCAACUGCUGUUACCUCCCCAAACUUCUAUCCCGAAACCUGGAUUAGUAUGGAUCCAUCUCAGGACUUCAUCCAAGUGCCUGUUUCGAAGGAAGAUAAAAGCUACAGAACCAUUUAUAACCUGUUUCACAAGACUGUGCCAGAGACCAAAUACAAAAUUUUGAAAAUUCUGAGAGUGCAAAAUCAGUUUCUCUGGGAGAAAUAUAAAAGGAAAAAGGAAUAUAUGUCCAAAAAGAUGACCGGGCUUGACAGGAUAAUGAACGAAAGGCAUUUGUUCCAUGGCACCUCCCAGGACGUGGUGGAUGGGAUCUGCAAGCACAACUUCGACCCGCGUGUCUGCGGGAAGCACGCCACCAUGUUCGGACAGGGCAGCUACUUUGCCAGAAAGGCGAGCUAUUCUCAUAACUUUUCCAAAAGGUCACCCAAAGGAGUUCAUUACAUGUUCUUGGCUAAGGUGCUGACAGGAAGAUACACGGUGGGCAACCACACCAUGAGGAGACCUCCCCCCGUGAACCCGGGCAGCAUUACCAGUGACCUCUACGACUCUUGCGUGGACAAUUACUUUGAGCCUCAGAUUUUUGUCAUUUUUAACGAUGAUCAGAGCUACCCUUAUUUUAUUAUCCAGUAUGAAGAGGUUAGCAACACUGUCUCCAUUUGAAAACCUGUGCUGCUAAAUUAUUCAUUUUAAUGAACUCUUAUCAACACUUGUAGCGGUUUUUGUGUAAAAAUAAAUAAAAAAAUUGAACGUUGCAGAGCUGAGUAAAAUUACUUGCUUGCAAGGAGUUAAAUCUAAACAUAUAGAAAGGAAGAUCUGAAGUGACCAACUGUGCACUUGCUGUUUGAUGAUGUAUGUGCAAAUUGUAAAUAUUUUUCCAUUGUUUAUAGUUGAAGAUCUGUGCCUUUUGUUAUAAAACACUGUUUAUUUAUGUUAGUAAAUAUUCGUGUUUGAAGUUG